AUGUCGGUUGGUGACUUGAAGGAGGCCAUCGUACCAAAGCUACAGUACACGGGUACAGCCAAGGACCUGCAGCUUUUUCUUGCGAAUGCGGGGGACAACGCAUGGCUGUCGAGCCUCACUGAAGAUGUCAAAAAGCUGAAGAAAGGCGAGAAGACUGCUUUCAUCAAAUCCCUCAUGCACGAAGAUAGGGAACUGCAGGGAGAGUCCAGCCUUAAGAAAGCGUUGGCGGGGAUGCUGUCGCCAUCCACUGAUGAAAUUCACGUGCUGGUGGUGGCUCCGUAUCUUCACGAAUCAUUAUUGCUGGCUCGACAAGCUAGUGUUCGCCAUUCACGGACAGAGAUGCUACUUGAGCAAAUCGCGGCCUCUUUACCAGAUAAAAUUGACAAAUCCUACACUGAUGGGGCAUUGGGUCAAAUCUUGCUGGAUAGAUUAAAAAAGGACGGACUGUUCUUUGUUAUCCCACCAACUGAUGAUGGGGAAGCAUUUUGGUCGGCUGACAUUCAGCUUCAAGCCAAUGCCAUUCGGAAUGAAGCUGUUUUCGACGCUUUUAUCGCUCCGUUUUUCAGCACCAUCUUACAAAGCUCUGGUCUUGUCUUCGUCAAUAGCGAGAGAUAUCAGUGGUUGUCCCAGUCUACACUUGUGACUACGAGUACCGAUCUUAAACCUGAUGGGUUUGCGACUCACCGAGGGAUGUAUCGUGCUGAAGCAGUUCCAGAUGAUGGAGUUUCACGUCCGAAUGAUUUUCGAUCUGGAGUAGCAGAAGAAGAAUUGUUUGACUGCAUCAUUUUGUUUGAAAGGAAGCUCAGUAUUACUGAGGUUGCGUUAGAAGCCACAAAUCUAUAG